AUGCCAGGUGAUCAUGUCAUUAUUGUUGGUGCCGGGCUGGGUGGCCUAGCCUUAGCACAGGGCCUCAAGAAGCACGGGAUUGAUUUCACCAUCUUCGAGGCGGACGAGGAUGUCAAUACCCGUACACAGGGUUAUCGUAUCAAAAUAUUCCCAGAUACAGUCCCUGACUUGCAGUAUCUCGUUACCCCAGAGGUAUUCGAUGAAUUCGUGGCUACCUCGGCCGAAACGGUCAUGAUAGAGACGGCCAUCAACGCUAUUAGUGGUCAACCAACUGCCAGGCGUGCUCUUCGGGGUCCCAAGCCAUACACGGUCGACCGUGGAUUCAUGCGCAAAGUACUCCUUCGCGGGCUUGAAGAACAUAUCCAGUGGGGCAAAAAGGCUAUUAAUUACUAUAUCGACGAGACUAGCUCUACCCCCAUCACCGUCUACUUUAACGACGGAAGUUCGGCCUCGGGCAAUCUCCUGGUUGGUGCUGAUGGAAAUCACUCAUCAAUUCGCAAGCAACUCGUGCCCCAACAUGAGAUCUUCGACGCUCAAGGUAUCUGUCUCUAUGGGCGCACCUACCUGACAUCCGAGCUAUCGGAAAAGCUCCAUCCCGGCCUUCAACAGGGCUUGAAUGUUGUCAGAGAUACAGCACCACCCAUCCAGCAAAUCAUCUUCGACUCGGAACUGCCCAUUAGUAUGUUCGUCGAGCGCCUACAUUUUCUUGAACGUAAUUCCAGUCAUCCCGAACUUCCAGAGGACUACAUGUACUGGUCUAUGCUGAUUCCGGCCAAAUUGCUUGGGUUCACCGAAGCCUUGGUUUCCAAUACGUACAAUUCCAACACGGCCAGACAGCUGGCCACCCUACUCACGAGUGAGUGGCACGAUUCAAUUCGGUGCCUUAUCGAGCUUCAGGAUGAGUCCUUCGCCACCAAACUACGCAUCAUCUCCUCAUCCUUACCUCUGUCGGAGUGGGAGUCAUCCCCGUAUGUGACUCUUGUUGGCGACUCCAUUCAUGUCAUGUCACCCGCCGGGGGUGUCGGGGCUGCGACGGCGGUAAAGGACGCCUUUGUGCUGACCAAGGCCUUGACUGGCGCCCAAGGUAUCUCGUUGGCUAGUGUCAAAGCAUACGAGGCCGAGAUGCGCACAACAGCCAAGAUAGCUGUCGAACGGAGCUUCCGCGGAGGCAAGCUUCUAUACGGCCAGCCGCCGGUUGAGAAUUGUCCAAGGAUAUCGGACAUUUAA